AUGGGAAGGGCCGGCGCCGCGGCCAACGGCACCCCGCAGAACGUCCAGGGCAUCACCUCCUACCAGCAGCGAAUAACUGCCCAGCAUCCUCUGCCCAACCAAUCAGAAUGUAGGAAAAUCUACAGAUAUGACGGAAUCUACUGUGAAUCUACCUACCAGAAUUUACAAGCAUUGAGAAAGGAGAAAUCCCGAGAUGCUGCGCGUUCCCGCCGGGGAAAAGAAAAUUUUGAGUUCUAUGAAUUGGCCAAGUUGUUGCCCCUUCCUGCAGCCAUCACUAGCCAGCUUGACAAGGCGUCCAUCAUCCGACUUACAAUUAGCUAUCUGAAAAUGAGGGACUUCGCUAACCAGGGGGACCCUCCAUGGAACUUGCGAAUGGAAGGCCCUCCGCCUAACACAUCAGUCAAAGGUGCGCAGCGAAGGAGAAGCCCCAGUGCACUAGCCAUUGAAGUAUUUGAAGCACAUUUGGGAAGUCACAUUUUGCAGUCCCUGGAUGGCUUUGUAUUUGCACUAAAUCAAGAAGGAAAAUUUUUGUACAUUUCUGAAACUGUCUCCAUCUACCUAGGCCUCUCGCAAGUGGAGCUGACAGGCAGCAGCGUCUUUGACUAUGUCCACCCGGGGGACCACGUGGAGAUGGCGGAACAGCUGGGCAUGAAGCUCCCGCCGGGGCGGGGUCUCCUCUCGCAGGGCGCCGCUGAGGACGGAGCCAGCUCAGCGUCCUCCUCCUCUCAGUCGGAGACCCCUGAGCCAGUGGAGUCAACCAGCCCCAGUCUGCUAACCACUGACAACACCCUUGAGCGUUCCUUUUUCAUCCGAAUGAAAUCUACUCUGACCAAACGUGGUGUGCACAUCAAAUCAUCGGGAUAUAAGGUGAUUCACAUAACAGGCCGGCUACGCCUGAGAGUGUCGCUGUCCCACGGGAGGACCGUCCCCAGCCAAAUCAUGGGUCUCGUGGUUGUGGCUCACGCCUUGCCUCCCCCGACGAUAAAUGAAGUCAGAAUCGACUGCCAUAUGUUCGUCACUCGAGUAAAUAUGGACCUCAAUAUCAUUUACUGUGAAAAUAGGAUUAGUGAUUAUAUGGAUCUGACCCCCGUAGACAUCGUAGGGAAGAGAUGCUACCACUUCAUCCACGCCGAGGACGUGGAGGGUAUCAGGCACAGCCACUUAGACUUGCUGAAUAAGGGUCAGUGUGUGACGAAGUACUAUCGCUGGAUGCAGAAGAAUGGAGGGUAUAUUUGGAUACAGUCUAGCGCCACCAUAGCUAUUAACGCCAAGAAUGCAAAUGAAAAGAAUAUCAUCUGGGUGAAUUAUCUCCUUAGCAAUCCCGAGUACAAGGACACGCCAAUGGACAUCGCCCAGCUCCCCCACAUGCCCGAGAAAACCUCCGAAUCCUCAGAGACGUCCGACUCAGAAUCAGACUCUAAAGACACCUCAGGUAUUACAGAGGACAACGACAACUCCAAGUCCGACGAGAAGGGGAAUCAUUCCGAGAACAGCGAAGACCCAGAACCCGACCGGAAGAAGUCGGGCAACGCGUGCGACAACGACAUGAACUGCAACGACGACGGCCACAGCUCCAGCAACCCGGACAGCCGCGACAGCGACGACAGUUUCGAGCACUCGGACUUCGAGAACCCCAAGGCAGCCGAGGACGGCUUCGGCGCGCUGGGCCCGAUGCAGAUCAAGGUGGAGCGCUACGUGGAGAGCGAGUCGGACCUGCGGCUGCAGAACUGCGACUCGCUCACGUCCGACAGCGCCAAGGACUCAGACAGCGCCGGCGAGGCGGGCGCUCAGGCCUCCAGCAAGCACCAGAAGCGCAAGAAGAGGCGGAAACGGCAGAAGGGCGGCAGCGCCAGCCGCCGGCGCCUGUCCAGCGCGUCGAGCCCGGGCGGCCUGGACGCCGGCCUGGUGGAGGCCCCGCGGCUGCUGUCGUCCCCCAACAGUGCCUCGGUGCUCAAGAUCAAGACGGAGAUCUCGGAACCCAUCAACUUCGACAACGACAGCAGCAUCUGGAACUACCCGCCCAACCGGGAGAUCUCCAGGAACGAGUCCCCCUACAGCAUGACCAAGCCCCCCAGCUCCGAGCACUUCCCGUCCCCGCAGGGCGGCAGCGGCGGCGGUAGCGGCGGGGGAGGCGGGGGGCUGCACGUGGCCAUCCCUGACUCGGUCCUCACCCCACCGGGCGCCGACGGCGCGGCCGCCCGCAAGACUCAGUUCAGCGGCUCAGCCGCCUCAGCCUUGGCCCCCGUCGCCUCUGACCCGCUGUCGCCCCCGCUCUCUGCGUCCCCGCGGGACAAGCACCCCGGGGGUGGCGGCGGGGGAGGCGGAGGCCCCAGCGCGUCCAACUCCUUGCUGUACACUGGGGACCUGGAGGCGCUGCAACGGUUGCAGGCGGGCAACGUCGUGCUCCCGCUGGUGCACAGGGUGACCGGGACCCUGGCCGCCACCAGCACGGCCGCGCAGAGGGUCUACACCACGGGCACCAUCCGCUACGCGCCCGCCGAGGUGACCCUGGCCAUGCAGGGCAACCUGCUGCCCAACGCGCACGCUGUUAACUUCGUGGACGUUAACAGCCCCGGCUUCGGCCUCGACCCCAAGACGCCCAUGGAGAUGCUCUACCACCACGUGCACCGGCUCAACAUGUCGGGACCAUUCGGCGGCGCCGUGAGCGCGGCCAGCCUGACGCAGAUGCCCGCCGGCAACGUGUUCACCACGGCCGAGGGACUCUUCUCCACGCUGCCCUUCCCCGUCUACAGCAACGGCAUCCACGCGGCACAGACUCUGGAGCGCAAGGAGGACUGAGCGCGGGGCGGUCCGCCCGGAGGCAUCGUCGGCUUUUCGUUAGACCUUUAAUUCUAGCACUUUGAAUUCGAGCAGGUCAGCGUCUCUCUGACACGACGGCCCCCAUUCCAUCCCCUCUUUCUUUCACUUGACUUAUUCUUUCGUGUAAAGAUAUGUUUAUUUUCUACCUUCAGAGGGUCAGAUGACCAGUUGCCUGCCGUUUUGUCUUCUUCCGAGAUGUGUGUUGGGUUCUUUUGCUUCCCUUUGCAUCUUUAUUAAGAUGUCUUUAACGUGUCUAUGCCUCUGCCAUACAAUACUCAGUCUUGUGGUCAAGAGAUUUCUCGAGUGACAACCAUUGGGUUUUCUCCAUAAAGAUCUUGAUAUGAUCAAGAUGCAAACAGACAAAGCAGGAACAAUGUGCCCUGUUUGACUAAGUCAAAUGAAAUGGGGUGGUUUUCUUUGUUGUUCUGUUCCUAAUUCCUUUAAAAAAAAAAAAAAUAGGGGAAUAGUAUUUUAGAAUUUUAUGCAGAAUUUAAUUAUCUUUUUAUGGUUAAGAUUUUAAGAUUUUCUUACUUGCACAUAAAAAUAAUUUGGGUUCUUAAACUUAAUUUCUGGCCUGUGACUAGAAUGUUU